AUGAGUGAGAGUGAUCAAGCUCCCAUGCACGGGCUCCUCUUGCUCUUGCAGGCAUUGAACAAUGGAGCAGAUAUGGGAACUGGAAUUCUUCAAGUAAAGGGCCAAGCAAUCAAUCUUUUGGGUCCCAAUCUUCCAGAAUCGUUAAAGAUGUAUGCUAUUGGCAGGCAAAACAAUCUUCUUGGAAGUUAUCCUACCCAGAAAGACCUUGCCCCAUCGAUAGUAUUCUGUGUGUUAUUCUUUUUGAUUGCUGUAAUGCAUUUUGUCAUUUGGAUAAUCAACUUCAAACGAGGUCAUUAUUUCUGGUUAUCCCUUGUUUGGGUGGCCUACUGUGCCAUGAGAAUUGUGGGUUUUGCUUUGAGAGCAUACUGGAGUUCGGACAUUCUUCAGGUGAAUUCUGGUAUUGCCAGUGAAAUUUUCUUGAUUAUUCCAUCCAUGGUGAUUGUGUCAUUUAACUUGAUUUUGGCUCAACGGUUAUUUACAUGGCGACACCCGGUGGGUGGUAACAGAAUGCUUUUCUGGAAUAUUAUGUUCGUCUUAUACUUCAUUGUCUGUUUGGUGAUUGCCAUGACCAUCGUUGCUGCAGCUGUGCCUUAUCUUUAUUUCUUGUCUUAUCAUGCAUACAAAGCGUACAAGGAGGUGGUGAUGGUUUCAUCAGUGUUAAUUAUAUUAUACUCUUUGACAGCCAUUUCCUUGAUUGGAUUGUCGUACUUUUUCAAACCAACGAGAAAGGAUGAAAAUUUGUACACAUACCAACCUUGGUGGGUUGAAUCGUUUCACCCAUUUUACUUUGUACAACCUCAUGCUGCUCAGAAAGCAGAGGAGACUUUCAUGAAGAGAAACCACAACCACCGUCAUGCAAAAGCGAGUCAUUGCCGCUACCCAUCAUCAUUAUAA